GUUCUGUUGAUUUGGAGGAAGAAGUUUUCUUUUAAAGUUAUAAUUUUCUGUAGUUUUUGGAUGAUUGUGAACUGGGUUUGAUUGCAUGCAUCGGAAUUCCAGACUGAUCUCAAUAUCUCUUUAGACAUGGCGGGAAUUGAUGUUUCAAAAUAUGCUCACAGCCCCGUGCAUAAGGCUGUUGCAACAAGGGAUUAUACUGCUCUCAGGCGAAUACUUGCCGGCCUCCCGCGGCUUUGCAACCCAGUUGAGAUUCGAACUGAGGCUGCAUCGCUUGCCGAGGAAGAGAAGGUGGAAGCUAUCUCUGCAGUGGUUGACAACCGAGAUGUCCCUAACCGAGAGACUCCUCUCCACCUGGCUGUCAAACUUGGUGAUGAGACUGCAACUGAGAUGCUGAUGGUUGCGGGAGCAGAUUGGAGCUUGCAGAAUGAACAGGGUUGGAGUGCUCUCAAGGAAGCAAUUUGCAAUAGGGAAGAAGGCAUUGCCAUGAUAAUAGUUAGGCACAGCCAGCAAUUUGCUUGGGCGAAUUGGUGUCGUAGACUUCCUCGCCUGGUAGGGACUAUGAGAAGGAUGAGGGAUUUCUACAUGGAGAUAACAUUCAAUUUCGAGAGCUCUGUGAUCCCCUUCAUAUCGAGGAUUGCGCCUUCUGAUACUUACAAGAUUUGGAAAAGGGGUGCAAAUUUGAGGGCGGAUAUGACUUUGGCUGGCUUUGAUGGUUUCAAGAUUCAGCGGUCAGAUCAGAGUAUUCUGUUCCUUGGAGACGGCUCUGAGGAUGGGAAGGUCUCUCCUGGGACCCUAUGCAUGGUUUCACACAAAAAUAAAGAAGUUAUGAAUACUCUGGACGCUGCUAGUUCUCAACCCUCUGAAGCUGAGGUCAAGCAGGAAGUUGCUGCAAUGUCUCAAACUAACAUCUUCAGGCCUGGGAUUGAUGUGACUCAGGCGGUGUUGCUACCACAGUCAACAUGGAGAAGGCAGGAAAAGAUAGAAAUGGUUGGUCCAUGGAAGGCCAAGGUGUACGAUAUGGACAAUGUGGUGGUGAGUAUAAAGUCCAGGCCGGUCCCUGGUGCUUUGACAGAUGAUGAGUUUUCAUCUUGCAAUGAGAAUGAUACUGACAGCGAAGAGUAUGAUGGCAUACUGACAGAGGAAGAAAGAAGGCUAUUGGCAAAUGUACUUAAAAUGGACUCAUCAGAGUUAGCAACUGAGCAUAGCCUUACCGAUGGGAUCAUUGCUCAUCGAAAUAGCUGUUUUGAGCCACGGGAUAUCCCAAUUGAAGAUUUGCAUAGUUGUAGCAAUGGUGUUGAUACUAAGCAGGAAAAGAAAGGGUGGUUUGGUGGCUGGAGAAUGCGGGAUUCAAAACAUGAUGAACCAAAGAAAAUGGAUCCACCAGGAAGUUCCCUUUGUGUUGAUGAGAAGGUAAGUGAUCUGCUUGGUGAUUCCCCAUCUAGAUUGCAGAGUAGACAAGGAAGACACUCUGUGGAGAUUUCUGUUGGGGGGGAUGAACUCGGGAAAGGAAGGGAUAUGAAGAAGUCUUCUGUGAGUUCUGAGAGUGGACAACGACGGAAGGGUAGCAACCGUGAAAGUGAGUACAAGAAAGGAUUGAGUCCUACUCUCUGGCUUUCUUCCAAUUUCCCUCUCCGAACUGAAGAACUCCUGCCUUUGCUUGACAUUCUUGCAAACAAGGUCAAGGCCAUUCGUCGUUUAAGAGAACUGCUGACAACAAAGCUUCCACCAGGAGCCUUUCCGGUUAAGGUAGCUAUUCCAGUGGUUCCUACCAUCAGAGUAUUGGUUACUUUCACAAAAUUUGAAGAGUUAAAGCCACUGGAUGAGUUCUCCACCCCUCCUUCGAGCCCUUUCACUUCAGGCCAAGAAAUUCCUGAAGUGAUGCAGUCCUCAAGUUCAUCAUGGUUUCGCUGGAUAAAAACUCCUUAUCACCAACAGGGCUCUUCAACGAAUUCAGGUCUCACCAAUCGUGUAGAAGAUAUUCAAGACCCAUUUGUAAUACCGGCAGAUUAUACAUGGUUAACGGUUGAAGCAAAGAAAAAGAAGAUGCAAGAGAAGGGCAAGUCCAAGAAGGAAAGAAGUCAAAACCAAUGAAGUAUUUUUCAUAAAUUGAUGGGAAUGAGAUCCACUAACGAAUGAGUAUUUGGCUUGCACUCUCCUGCUGGGAGCUGCACACAGGGAUUGCCAGAAAUUUGAAAGAAAAUAUUGUCUUACAAAUCCCACUU